AUGAGGAUGGAGGGCGGGGAGGAGAUGCAGGGCGCCGUGGGGCUCCGCUGCACCUGGGACAUCUCACCACCCGCUGGCACCCAGGCCAAGUGGGUGAGGCUCAAUGUGGGGGGCACCGUCUUCCUCACCACCAGGCAGACCCUGUGUCGGGAGCAGAAAUCUUUCCUGUGUCGCUUGUGCCAGGGCGAGGAGCUGCAGUCGGACCGGGAUGAGACUGGUGCAUACCUAAUAGACCGGGACCCCACUUACUUUGGACCCAUCCUGAAUUUCCUUCGUCAUGGGAAGCUUGUCCUGGAUAAAGAUAUGGCUGAAGAGGGGGUCCUAGAAGAAGCCGAGUUCUAUAACAUUGGUCCUUUAAUCCGAAUAAUCAAGGAUCGACUGGAAGAGAAGGACUACACAGUAACUCAGGUGCCUCCUAAGCAUGUCUACCGUGUGCUACAGUGCCAGGAAGAGGAGCUCACUCAGAUGGUUUCCACUAUGUCAGAUGGAUGGCGCUUUGAUCAGCUUGUGAACAUUGGCUCAUCCUAUAGCUAUGGAAAUGAGGAUCAGACAGAGUUCCUGUGUGUGGUCUCCAAAGAGCUGUACAACUCCCCCAGUGGCCUGAGCUCUGAGCCCAGCCACAAAGCCAAGGGCUCAGAGUCGUCCCUGCCUGGGGGCCUGUCUGUCUCUGCUCCUCACUUUUCCUCCUCUGCAGCUGUUACAAGCCAGAGGUCUGAGGAUGUGAUCCCGACACUCCACCCCAGCCUUUUCAUUUCUUGCUUAUAUCUUUAUUUUUGUACUGCAGCGUAUGGCAGCCCUGUGUCCCACACUGACAUCCCCCGGCCCCUUUCACCCUUCACAUGCAGCCACUCUUUUUCACAAACUUCACCUCGGAGGCCUGAGCCUCCAGCCCUGGAGGAGAGCAGAUGCUCCACAGAGCCCCUGGGCUGCUGUAGGGGCUGGAGCCCACGGUCCCCUCUCAUGCCUCGCAGGCUGGCUUUCCUUAAUGUCACAGUGGCCCCUGCUGGGGACAUCUGUGAUCAGCCACUGCAGCCUGCGAUCUCUGCCUGAGCACCCUGGGUGCGAGUGGGGCCCUGAGGUGGUGGCAGCUGUGGAGGGACCAGCCCUCACCCUUUCGCUGUUCCAGGCAGCUGGUCUGGGCUUGUGGCCAGAGGGCAAAUGCAGAGUCACUGCCCUUUUCUGGGCCACCUGCACUGCUCGUGGGGUGCCCCUGUGCUGGGUAUCACGCUCCUUAGUGCCUCCCUCCCUGUCCCCCCCAAAAUCAGCCCUGUGUCGGCAGGGUGAGAAGGAGACAGGCGUGCUGCCUGGGUCCUGGGAACACGCUGGCACCUGAGGUCGUGUCAGCUAGCACCAGGAGAUCACUGUUUUUGGAGAGCAGUGCGACUGGCUUCGCUGCUGUGUCUGAGGACAUAAGGUUGUAACUCCUGAAUAAAAUUCACAGUCCAUUCCCC